CAUAUUUGCUCCCUCCUCCUCUCUCUCUCUCUCUUCCUUUUCUUUUCUUCCUCUUACUUUCUUUCAUAGAUCAAAUUCAAAAACCCAUAAGAAAAGAAAAAUUUCACGCUUCUGCCAAUUCUCUCCUUGGCCGGUGGUCUUAGCAUCACCAACGCAUCAAUCCCUCAACCCCUUGGUUUUCUCCAUCGUUGCUUUCUCUGUUUUCCUCUGCUUCGAUUUCUCCAAUUGUACACAAAUACAGACCCACUCAUUGAUAUAUAUUUAUAAAUAUUAUAUAGUCUGUGGGUUUUUCUUUUUCUGGGGCAGCAAAGAUGAGUGGCGGGGGGUCCAAGGGUUCAAUCCCGAGCAAUCUGAAGAAGGUGAUCCAGACUAUCCAGGAGAUCACGGGCAAUCAUAGUGAAGAGGAGAUUCACGCAAUGCUCAAAGACUGUUCCAUGGAUCCCAACGAGACCGCUCAGAAGCUCCUUUUUCAGGAUCCAUUUCAUGAGGUCAAAAGGAAGCGUGAUAGGAGAAAAGAGAAUCUGAACAACAAAGAGUCUGCAGAAUCACGGUGGAGACCCAGUCUGCAGGGGCGAGGGGGUAGGGGUGGACGGGCGAAUUUUCCACCUCGACACAUGCCACAUGAUGCUGGUGGUGGCAGGAAUUCUGGCCCUGGAAAGGAGAAUGGAAUCAACCAAGCUGCUGAGAAGGCUGUCAUUCCAUCUUUACCAACUUCUCAGGACACAAAAACUAAAGAUAAAAGUCCGGUAACAAGCUCUGAGCCUGUCGUUUCCAAUGGUCCCACUGUUGGUCCUGAAGAAAGUUCAGCUUCUGUUGCCAUUAAUAAUUUGGGAACUGCGCCACCUCCUGCUUGUGCAAACAAAGAUUCCGUCAUUACCUUUGGAACUGGGGACUCGCACACACAGCCCUCACCAAGUUCCAGUAACUGUUCAGUGUCGACAUCACUGUCAUCUUCAUCAGCAGUCUGUUUCUCAUCUUUGGACCCUGUACUAGUUCCAUCUAAUGAUUCACGGCUCCCUUGUUCUGUGGGUGCAAUCAAACGUGAAGUAGGGAGCAAUCGAUCUCCUGGUGAACCAAAUGCAGUUGUCCUUGCUGAGAACAAAUCAGCUGCUGCAGCCUCCGAGAUUAGUAGUGCUUCCGUACAGGGAAAGAUGCUGGGCAAAUCUCAAGGAGUUGGGAAAAAUCAGCUUGCUGAGUCUUCACUACCUUCGUCUUCACUAACUCAUAACAGCUCUUCGGUUAGUCGGCCUUCAUCUAAUUACAGUAGCCGGUCACAACAAAUAAUUGGCCCUCAGAAAGUUGGUUCUAAUAAGGAAUGGAAACCAAAGCCAACCACUAGUAAUGCUGUUCAAGGUUCUGGAACAGCUGGUACAGCUUGUGCAUCUGAUGUUCCCACUGUCUCUGUUGAAGAUACUGAUCAGACGCAGCCUGAAUCUAGUGUCCUUGAUAUGGAAGAAGCAACUUCAAAAGUGCAGAAGAAGCUUGAGGAGUUACGACUUCCACAACGUCAACUUGUUAUUAUUCCAAACCAUAUCCAUGUCCCUGAAUCUGAAAGAACCAAGUUGAGUUUUGGAAGUUUUGAUGCUAGUUUUGGAGUAACUACAAGCUAUGUCAGCGGUCCUGAGAGUGACAAGAGCUCUACACCUGUGUCUGAAGCUUCUCAGGAUGUUGAAGAAACUGUGGAGGAAGAGGCCUCAAGCAAUCAAAAUGCAUUGGCACCGGCUGAAGAGGGGCAUUAUCCUGAUCACCCACAAUCACCUACACAUGUAUCGGAAAAUUUAUCAUCUGGUGAUGGUGAUGUCUCAUCCAGUACAAUCCCGGAGUAUAAUGAAUCAAAGCAGAAGACUGCAUUGCCGUCUGGAGGGCAUCAAUACCCAGUGGUUCAUACCUCUCCAAACUACAGUUUUGGGUUGGUGCCUCCAAUGUUGGGGAGUCAGCUUGCACCAUUUGAAAACUCUGAGUCGCAAGCACGUGAUGUUUCCCGUCUUCCUAGCUUCGUUCCAUUUGAUCCAAGUUAUUAUGCCCAAUUCUACCGCUCGGGUGCUGAUAGUGAUGGUCGUCUUUCUCCUUUUCCUUCUCCUGGUGUUGGCACCAAAUACAAUGGGAAUCUUGCAGUAUUGUCUCCAUCAAGUUCUCAAUCUCCUCAAGAGGGUGGCGUCCUGUCUACGGCAGGUCCAACACCACUGGUGACUCAGGCUGCAGGGCUCAUGCAAAGCUCAAUAGCUGUGACUCAGCAGCCAGUCCCUGUCUUUCGACCACCAGCUGGGGUUCAUAUAUCCCAUUAUCCUCCCAACUACAUCCCAUAUGGUCAUUAUUUUUCCCCCUUCUAUGUGCCACCACCAGCCAUCCACCAAUAUUUGGGCAACAGUGCAUUUCCUCAGCAGCCUCCGGCUGGCAGUGUAUAUCCAGCUCCACCGGGCACAGGUGCCACUGGGGUCAAAUACUCACUUCCGCAAUACAAACCGGGGACUAACACAGGAAAUCCGUCACACAUUGGAAUACCAAGUGGCUAUGGGCCAUAUGGCUCCUCCCCAGCUGGUUAUAACCCCAGUUCUGCUGCAAAUGCAGGAAACUCAACAGCUAAUGAGGAUCUUACAGGGUCCCAGUUCAACGAAAGUAAUGUAUACAUUACCGGGCAGCAGAGCGAAGGUUCGGCUGUAUGGGUUGCUGCACCUGGCCGAGACAUAUCCAGCUUACAAACAAGUUCAUUUUACAACCUUCCACCUCAGGGUCAGCAUGUGACUUUCACCCCAACACAAGCUGGCCAUGGCACUUUUCCCGGUGUCUAUCACCCUGGGCAAGCAGUAACGGGAGCAAUGGUUCACCCACUUCUGCAACAAUCUCAGGCCAUGGCGGGAGCUGUUGAUUUGGUGGGCCCUGGUGGCAGUGUUUAUCAGCAGCCUCAGCAAGCACAGAUCAACUGGCCGAGUAACUACUGAGACAGGGAUGGGGUUUUUUCUUUUUCUAUAAACAGCAAGACACGAAAUUGAAGUCCAAUCUUUGGAUUUUUUUGGGGAACUCACAACAAAGUUUGGAUGGGAGGGAGAGAUAUCAAGAAGAUACAGCAUUGACUGGAUUAAGUGUAAAUCCACUAAAGGAGGCUGGAAAAGUUAUAGCCGUAGUAUCUUCGGAUUGCUUGGGUUGAGGACAUAAAAGGUGCGACCCACCUGUAACCAAUAUUGACCAUUUUAAAGUUAGUCAAGGUAGGAUGUGCAGGGUCUCUUCUCUUUUUAGCUGCUGCUAUGUGGUUUCUGCCGUUUUCCCCUUUUCAUAGUUCCAAGCUUUUCCCCUCGUUUUUUAAAAUUUUAAGUCUUUCAACCCUAGAGUUUACUGUUGAGUGGUGAGAAUCUCGUUCAUUCUUUCUCUUUGAUAUUUGAGGUUUUUGGAAGGUAAGAUAUAGGUUGGUGGAGAAACUUCUGCAUUAUUUUUUAUUGUCUUUCUGCUGUCUUACCUGUAAAGUGAAUUUUGAUAGCAAGAGAACGAUUUACGUCAACUGUUGUACUGCUAAAAGCCGAAGCGAACAUGUCAAUUGUUUGACUUGUCUGAUAUAUCCAUUAAUGCAUGCUUAAUACACACGAUUCUGGGGGACA